AUGCGAUCACGGCGGGACGUCGAGGCGCAGGCCCAGAGACGCCUUCGCGGGACCCGCAUCAAACGCGGGCUGGAAGGGCUGCACGACCUCGACGCCCCGAAACCCCGGCCGAGGACGGAAACGACCCCCGAGACGAAGCCGAACCCCCAAACCGACGCAAAGACGGAAGCCCAAUUCCACCAGGAAACGACGACGGAAGCGGAGCCUUCGACAGGGCGAACGGCCCCCGUGCCGGCGGUGCACGGCUUCGUCUUCGGCUCCGACUGGGGGGAGUGGCGUCGGGUGAAGGCGGAUCUCUUCCGCCCCGACGCGACGCCGGCGGUGAGGGCCCGCGCCUUUGAGACGAUGGCGGUGUGGCGUGCGCGAUCGCGGCAGCACCGGCCUCUCCCGGCUUACGUCGAAUCCACGGAGCUGCUGAUGAGGGUGGUUGGGAUGGAUGAGAUGAACGCCUUGGUGGGGGCGCGUGAGCUCGCGCAGGCCUAUGGCGCCGCCAUCUCCCGCUGCGUUCACGUCAUGACCGGCUCCUUUGCGAAAGGGGAGUCCGGGGAUACGUACCGCAAACGCGCCCGCAAGAUCGACUUCCCGGAGGAGGCGGUGGAGGUUCGGCAGCGGAUGGCGCACGGGGUGGUGCCCGAGAUCACAGAGAUGCGAUGGGUGUGUGGGUUGUUGCUUCAGUUUCUCUUCCUCAACUAUUGGAUGAAGCAGGAGAAGCAUAUUAAGUUGAUGGAGGCGUCUGCGGCGACAGCGUCGGGCGGAAAGGCGUCCAAGGAUCUAGCCGAUGAGGAAACCAGGGAGCCUGCAAGCAUCGAUGAUAUGCGGGCGCUACUGCACGAGCUUAGCGAUGGCAGCGCGUGCAACAGCAGCGAGGAGGACGAUGAUGCGGGCACGCCGGUGGCCAGGCGAUCCGCAGCCGUCGAUCCAACAUCGUUUCUUCCGGAGAUGGAAGCUCCGGGUGCGGGAGUGGAUGGAUCGAUGAGGAUCGGCGAGUGGGUGAUCUCUUAA